AUGACUACUGAAGUUCCAUGGCAUGAGGGCAAUGGGAAGACGCAUACCCUGUUCAAUCUGGUGACCCACUGCAUCCUCCCAACCGACCGGGGCGGCCUGGAGGGGAAGGUCAUGUACGUGGACACCAACUACCACUUUGACAUACUGAGGCUGGUGAAAGUACUGGAGCAGCACCCUGCGGUGGUAGAGCCUGAGGAGAGGGUGCGAGCCUGCCUGCACCGACUCUUCGUGGUCCUCUGCUCCAGCUCAGUCCAGCUGCUUCUCACACUGCACUACCUGGAGAAUACCUUCUUCAGCCGGCCCGUCCUGUGCCUAUUGGUCAUCGACAGCAUCUCAGCCUUCUAUUGGGUGGACCGGAGCAGCGGAGAGGAGAGCGUGGCCAAGCAGGAAGCCAUACUCAGGAAGUGUUCAGAGCCCCUGGCCCAGCUGCUAAGGGACUACCUCAUUGUGGUGUUCGCCACCACGCCCGCCAAUAUCAGGAACUACGGGCACUCGGAUCAGUCUGACACGGCAGCCAUGACACCUGGGUCCUCUGAGCCAUCCUCAUCGUAUUCCUCCUGUAGACGGUGGUCCUCCUCCCAUGCUUCAGACUUUGACAAGGCCUACAUCAGCAGAGAUUGGCAGAGGCUAUUGACACACAAGGAGACGUGACCAAGGACAGAAACCAGGUGUUUUCAACUGCAUACACCACCACAAAGACAUGAGGUGCUAAACACUCCUCGUUCUGUGUAAUGUAAAGGGGGUUUCAGUUUUUAUAAAAAAAAUUGUUGAACUCAUUUGAUUGAAUUCUAUUCCAAUUCCGGAUGUGUUCAACUGAUAGAUGAAUCAUUUUGAACCAUAGCAACAUUUAGUGAUUUUAUUUCUAACAGUUGUUGGAUUAUUUUACAUCCACCAAAUGUGGAUGGUUAUUAUUUUGGAUGUAAUUUGUUUGUUUUGUUAAGAGGGGGAGAAAUAAAAGAGUAAGAUAGGGCAACUGUUACACACAGCAGCAAUGCCUUUCUUCAAUGAAGCGCUGAAUAUUUAAGUUACAGUAUAUAAUUCAAGCAGUUAAAUAUGCUUUACUCUGUAGCGAUAGCUGUAGGUUAAAUAUUCUCAUGAAAGCCUAAAGGCCUGAAAUAUUUCAUGUUGUGUAUAUCAGUAAACCUGAAAUUACUCUUCACAUGAGAUCUUCUUUAAGUCUUUUAGGGAUGAGCAUAUUUGACAGAGACAGAGAGUUUUGACAGGCAGUUCAAGGAUAGAGUGGAUGGAGCAGAGCAUCUACAGCUCAGUCAUCCAGUUUCAGGUUUAAUCCGGGGUACAGUAAGUGUUAACCAAACUCACCCUGUUUAGGACUUUCUUAAUCACUUAGCGUGAUUGAUAGUUUUUUAUUUGUCAUGGGCUGUUGGUCUCCACUUUUGAUGCACAACAUCUAUUCCCAGGUUCAGGCCUAGCUUGUAAUAUGGGGAGUGCUUGGUCAAUCUAGCAAGCACAGCUAUUUAAAUGGGGUCUUCGUGUUCAAGCAGGUCAAGUCUCUCCCUACUUACUUAUCCCCUGACUUUUGACACCCAACCAACAUCAUACACAGCGAUACCAUAGAUAAACAACAAAUUACACAGUCAUUGUCAGUCAAUCAUCCCGUGGAACCCAGGCUGCUAGUAGCUCAUUGACGGAGACCAGCUGCACUGUACAUAAUAGCCGGGUUUUGUUCCCUCCCUGUGGAUCCUUGUAUUGUUUCACGGCUCUCUGUUCUAUAAGGCAAGCCUUACAGAGUAAUUAGGCACUGAAUGGUUUGUUAUUACUCAAAGAAGAGUUGAUAAAAGUACACACCCACCCCUCCUCCAACCAGCAGCAGCUGUUCACUCCAGUACUUUAUUGUCCCAUGUCAUGUGACCAAGGUUAUUAUAAUUUUGUGAUUUAAUAUUUGUUUUUAUUGUUAUUUUUAGAUUUGAUUUGACAUUCAGUUUAGUUUCAGUUAGUUUUCAGACUUAAUAUUAUUUAUUUAUACUCAACAACA